AUGAGGGAGUUCAAAUCCUUUGGUACCACAGAACAAUCAACGUUAUCUAAUACACACAAGCAGCAAUCCUUUGCAGAAAUCUAUGCCGAACCAGAGAAUUUCCUGGAGAUUACAGUGCACAACCCUAUAACACACAAUAGUAAUGGACUUGGGGACGUGAGAAUACCCAACGGUGACCAAAAUAUGUUUACCGAUUAUGAGAUUGUUUGCCAUACCAAUCUACCCAAUUUUAAAUCAAGGAACUCCAAAGUGAGGAGAAGAUAUUCUGACUUUGAGUUCUUUAAGAAAUGUCUUCUUAAGGAGAUAUCCAUGUUCACCAACCACCCAAGAAUUAUGAUUCCCCAUUUGCCAGGGAAGAUCUUCUUAAACAACAGAUUCAACCCUGAAGUUAUCGAGGAGAGAAUGCAAGGCUUAGAUAAAUGGCUCAAGACUGUUGCAGGACAUCCAUUGUUGCAAUCUGGUUCCAAAGUCCUGGUCAGAUUCAUACAAGAUGAGAAGUUUGCAGGAUAA